AUGGCGUCUCCUCCGCGUCGUCGUUCUUCUCGGCUUCGUACUCCAGCUAAAACACUGCAAAACACAACCCCCCAACUCACAUCUCUUGCCGAAGAUGAUGAAGGUCCUGCCUAUCCUUCCCUCCCGAACCUUUCGUCUCCAGUUCAAGCGCCCCAAACACCAGCUACCUCCGGUCGCAUUGUCCCACCUAGAGAGGAAAUGCAUCCAUCCAUGACUCAUAAAUCUACCACACAAAAGCCCGACUCGGGACUCCGUCAUGGCUUUGUUGAUAUCAAUGCCAAGGGUGACGAUCAGCCCUCUGGCGUUCAACAAAAAACUCCCUCAAAGAUUGGUAUCAGCUCCCCAACUUUCGAUUUUAGAUUCGCUCGACCUGCACCUGUUCUUGGCCCCGAAGCUCAACGCAUGAUGGAUGAACUACGUGAAGAGGCCCUCCGUAUCAAAGCUAAGCUUGCUGCGGAGCGAGAGAUGGAACAAAGAAACAAUCCAGAGGGUAGUCAAACGGGAACCCGAAGAAUUGCGCAGGCGAAGGGCAAAGUCAGUAGAUACAGCGAUGUUCACAUGGCAGAGUUCAAAAAGAUGGACAGUAUCGCCAAUCAUCCAUCCUCCUUCAGAGCUCAGCCAGGCAGAGUUACUCCUACUGCAAAAGCUCUGAAGCGCACACAAUCGAAGGCUAAGCUAGGUGACAGAGAUGCCACUCUUAGCGAAGAUUCCUCCCAAGAUGCCGAGAGUGAAAGACUUGAAAAUACUGCACCUGCCAAGCGUGCUCGUCAACGCAUGACUGACGAUACUUCCACUCAACGACCGAUAUCUCGUGGCAAGGCCGAAACGAUGGCAAUGCCUUCUACUCCCCGUCACAAGAUCUCCAGCAUUCCUGCGCAUUUGACAACACCCACACAAUCAUCUUUGGCUCGUGCCCAAAGUGUUAAGCAAUCUUCAACUCAAAUACCCAGCUUGUCAAGAUCACCAUCAAAACCAAAUUUGCAAAGCACCCCCCGCGGUAUGUUAAAGUCUGCUACAAUGAACAAUAUUGCUGGAUCAAUGACUGCACCAAGUAAAUCCAUGCUCCGAACUCCAAGCAGAUUCGACCGUAUGAAGUCUAUCUUGAAGCAUACAAGCUCCAGCUUCAGCUCAAAAAAAGCAGAAAAGGCGCCGGUUAUUCCUUCAAUUGCUAGGAGUCCAAGCAAGCUAAAUCUUGCGAGAGACCUACCCUCUGUUCCCACAACACCUAUUGGUGUCAGCCGUUCUAAGGGUAUGAAGCAUGUUGGAUUCACGCCAGAGACAAAAAAGCACAGUGAAGCUAAGCACAACGAAACUAUUGUUCCACAAUCUCCAUCUCCAGUAAAGUCCGGCAUUCCUCGCUCAACAUCAAAGUCCAAUAUGAAAAUCACUUCCUCAAUUGCUCCCCGCAAGCCUGCAUCUCAACAAGGACCCACUGAUGGACAGGCAAAAGAUAUUGAAACAUCUGAAACUAAAGCAGUAGAAUACCCUUCCCUCGCUGGAGUAAGACCCCUUCCAGAACCACCUCGUCAAGCUCCUCCUCCACACCUUCCUCCUUCAGUUCCCGGCACCUUUACUUUCCGCAGUGAUCAUACUAUCAGUUUCGGUGCUUCUCCAAAGGGAUUUGGUCCAUCUCCUAAUCAAGCUACUGUCCGCCAAGUCCGUCGAAGUAUAUUCCCUGAUGCUAUGCCUGGUAGUUUUCCUGAUGGCAACAAGGAGAACACCAACCCUCCUGUUCGUGAAUCGAGCAAAAAAUCAACUAACCUUUCAGUUAUGCCAACUGUUCCCCAUGGAAUGUCAAACAAGAAGCGUAGGAGAGUUGAGUCUGAUGGCGAAGAGGAAACACGAUCACCAAAGAAGCAAAAGGCUCCAGAGGGCGCUAUGCUAAUGGCUCCAAGACUUCAAUCUGGAAAGAAUGUUGUUGCCUCUUCGAAUGCCACUCCAAGCCCUGCCAAAAAGAGAGGUCUGACUUUGAGUCGACUCAACAUGCUUGCACGACCAAAGAGCCGAAAGUGA